AUGACGAGCCUUGACACAGGCGACCAGAGGCCGCAGCGUGCCAAGACGAAUACGAUUAGACUGGUGGCAUUCCUUUCGUAACCAAGGCAACAGGCUACUAUCUCUAGAUGCUCGGACUUCGGGCACGGCAGCCGCCGCGGCUAACCCGCCGCACUUGUGCUGCUAAGAGCGGCAAGACGAGCUUCUACACGGCGCGCGCGGACAAGAGAGAGCGACAUGCCGGCAGCAGUUUCUGCUUAGGUGGAGACGGCCAUGAGCGGGCUCGGUACCGCCAUGUUCUCAAAGGUUCUAGGGCCAUCCAAGCAAGGCAUUUCCCGGGUCGGAGGGCGAGACCAUGCAGAGCGUGAGCUUCGACCAGGUCGACUGAUGCAAGCGCACCGCCACAUAUUCAGGUACG